AUGUCGUCGUUUAUAGAGACUGAACAGAAAGUGCUCGUUAAUACUAGAGCGGGUGGUGUAUAUAUUCCACCCGCUCGAUUACGGGAGAUGCAACAAACGAUAACCGAUAAAUCUAGUAAAGAAUAUCAAAGAAUUACUUGGGAAGCUCUAAAAAAGAGUAUUAAUGGUCUCAUUAACAAGGUCAAUACUUCAAAUAUAAAAAAUAUUGUUUUUGAGUUGUUUAAUGAAAAUUUAAUUCGUGGAAGAGGUCUUUUUGCUAGAUCGAUCAUGAAAGCACAAUCGGCUUCUCUACCGUUUACACCCGUUUAUUCUGCAUCGGUAGCUAUUAUAAACACAAAGUUACCACAAAUUGGUGAACUAGUUCUCACUAGGUUAAUUGUUCAAUUUCGUAAAGCAUAUAGGCGUAACGAUAAGACAACUUGUUUAGCUACUACUUCUUUUAUUGCACAUUUAUGUAAUCAUCUAGUAGCUCACGAAAUUGUCGCAUUACAAAUUUUAGUUCUUUUACUUGAGCAUCCUACUAGUGAUUCAGUAGAAGUUGCUGUCGGGUUUAUGCGUGAAUGUGGUGCUCACUUGGCUGAGGUUUCACCAAAAGCGAAUAAUGAUGUAUUUGAUCGAUUUAGAACUAUUCUUCAUGAAGCAAAUGUAGAUAAAAGAGUUCAAUAUAUGAUUGAAGUUUUAUUUCAAAUAAGAAAGGAUAAAUAUAAGGAUAAUCCACCAAUUCCAUCAGAAUUAGAUUUGGUUAAGGAAGAUGAUCAAAUUACUCAUCAUAUAUCAAUUGAUGAUGAAUUAGAUGUUGAAGAAACUCUUGGUGUCUUCAAUUUCGAUCCUGAUUAUUUAGAAAAUGAAGAAAAAUACAAGGAAAUAAAAUCACAAAUAUUAGGUGAAGAUUCUGAUGAUGAUGAUGAUGGAGAAUCAGGUACUGAUGAUAGUGAUGACGAAGAUGAAGAUAAUGAGAGCGAAGAGGAAUUAGCAAAGAAAAUGGAAAUUCAUGAUAAUACAAAUACAAACUUGAUAACCUUACGUAAAACGAUAUAUCUAACUAUUAAGUCAAGUCUUGACUUUGAAGAAUGUUGUCACAAACUUAUGAAAUUAAAUAUUCAAGAAGGACAAGAGAUGGAACUUUGCAACAUGAUAAUUGAAUGUUGUUCUCAAGAACGUACUUAUGAAAAGUUUUUUGGUCUUACAGGUGAACGUCUUGCAAAAAUAAAUUUGGUUUGGGCUAAAUCUUUUGAAAAAUGUUUUGUUCAAUAUUAUGAGACAAUUCAUCGAUACGAAACGAAUCGGUUAAGAAACGUAUCAAAAUAUUUUGGACACCUUAUAGCAUCAGAUGCUAUUUCUUGGGAAGUUUUUAGUGUAAUUAAAUUGACAGAAGAUUCAACCACAUCAAGUUCUCGAAUUUUUAUUAAAAUAUUAUUUGAAGAACUCACUGGUACUUUAGGUAUACCGAAACUUAAAGUGAGAUUAAAUGAUGAAGCAAUGUGUCAUUAUUUCGACGGUCUUUUUCCAAAGGAUAAUCCACGGAAUACUCGUUUUGCAAUCAACUUUUUUACAAGUAUUGAAUUAGGUCAAUUAACUGAGGGUUUAAGAGAGCAUUUGGUGAAUGCACAAAAACUCAUUGCAACAGAAAAACGUAAACGAGUAGAGAGUGAUAGUUCUUCAGAUGAUUCAGAUGAUUCGUCAGAUUCGUCAGAUUCGUCAUCAUCAGACUCAUCUGAUUGA